AUGGAGAGAAGAAACGGAAUGGUGGGCCUUCCUGCGCCGAGGAUUCUCCAGCUGCCACGUAGGCAUAGCAUUCGGAGAAAUGUUGCAAAGGGGAAGACAGCAUCACCGAAGAAGGAUCAGAGACUGAAACUGGAGGUUCUGUUUCACCAAGAGAGGUCUUUUCAUGGAAGAGGACACGAUCACGAGGAGGAGGAGGAGGGAGGAAGGAGAAGAGGGAAAGUUGGAGACGGGAGAGAGAUGGGUGUGUCCUUGUCGUCUUCUCCCGUUGAUGAAGCUAAGUGGAGGUUUCAGGCGGAGAUGUUGAGAUCAGAGUGUAAUUUGCUGAGAGUUGAGAAAGAGAUUGCUAGUAAGAAGAUGGAGAGGAGGAAGAAGCGGAUGGAGAGAACGCUUAGAUCUGCUGUUCUUACUCUUCUCUCUGGGAAGCAGAGAAUAUCUGAAGGGAAGAAAGAGAGUAAUGUUUUGGAAGAUGAGAUUAGCUACUUGAUUGAGAAACUGAAUGAGUUGAAGUCUUCAAAUGUUAAAGACAUGGGAGGUGGGAACAGUAGACAUAACUUUGACAGACAAGCUUCUGUUUUAAGAAGAGAGCUGGUGAAGUUUGAUGAAGGAGAGGUUUGUGUGAAAGGGAUUCAGAAAAUGGCAGAAGCUAGCUUCUUGGUCAAUCCUCCCAACACUCUAGCUGAUCAAAAUGUGAGUGACAAACAGUUCACUGUUAAAAAUGGAGGCAUUAUGGAUUGUUUUUUUUUUGUGGUGCAGGUGGAUGAGGAAAAGAAAGGCUGUUCUAGACACUGUAAAGAAGUUAUGAGGAAGAUUGCGGAUCAAGUAAGAGCAGAGGCAGAGCAGUGGUCACAGAUGCAAGAAAUGCUGAGUCAAGUGAGGAAUGAAAUGGAGGAACUUCAAACUUGUCGCGAUUUCUGGCAAAACAGAGCUCUUGAAUCAGAUUCUCAGAUACAGAAUCUACGUUCCUCAGUUGAAGGGUGGAGAAGAAAGGCGUUGUCAUCAGAAACAAAGUUGAGAAACAUUGAAGCAGAGGUUUGCGGAUUACAAGAAGAGAUGAAAAGAUUGAGGAAGGAAGAUAAGGUAGAAGCAGAGAAGAAUAAGUUGCCAACAGAGUCAGAAAAGAGAGUGUUGAUUUGUAGGUUGAAAGAAAACAGACAUAGCAACAAUGGAGAAUGGUCUAAGUACAGUGAAGGGAAAACAACAAAACCGUCGUGUUCAAGACCGCCUUUAAGAGAGAUUAAGAACGGUUCAGUGGCAGCGAGACAGAGAAGCUCCAGUGUCACGAGAAUGUUGCGUGGUCACCAAAAAUUCGCUAAAGAGAAUGAUUUUACAGUUGGUUUCGAUAAAUCCAACAAUGGUGAUUGGUCCUCUCUUACAGCCAACGCUCAAACUAGUGCUGCUGCAGUGCUAAGCUUGAUCAAAGGAGCACAGACGUUUCCUAAUGCGACAUUCGGGUGGGUUAAUACAAGAUCUUUGAAGAUAUUUAUUCCAACCUACAAAGUGUCUAAAGAGAAAGCAGAGUCUCUUGGGGUUAAAUUUGUGCCAUUGGAGGUUAGCAUAAAGGAGACUGUGGAGAGCUUGCAAGACAAAAGGGUUCAUCAGAUUCUGAGUUUCAAACAAGAACCAGACUUGGAUCUGUUUGUGUUUCAUUCCCAUAGUUUUUGA